UAUUUUUGUCCGUGCCUCUGCAGGAGCGGAGGGAGAUCCCUGCUGCUGCUGACCUGACCUUACCUUUGAGUUUUAGUUUAAAAAAAAAAAUACAACAUAUUUAUCCUUUUAAUACAGGUGUCAAUGCAAAAAUGUCUCGUCCCCUGUCAGACCACGAGAAGAAGAAGCAGAUCUCGGUGAGGGGUCUCGCCGGAGUGGAGAAUGUGACGGAGCUGAAGAAGAGUUUUAACCGUCACCUGCACUUCACCCUGGUCAAGGACCGCAACGUGGCGACCCCCCGGGAUUACUACUUCGCCCUGGCGCACACCGUGCGCGACCACCUGGUGGGCAGGUGGAUCCGGACCCAGCAGUACUACUACGAGAAAGACCCCAAACGUAUUUACUACCUGUCUCUGGAGUUCUAUAUGGGGAGGACCCUUCAGAACACCAUGGUCAACCUGGGGCUGGAGAACGCCUGCGAUGAGGCCACCUACCAGCUGGGGUUGGAAAUGGAGGAGCUACAGGAGAUCGAGGAAGAUGCUGGGCUGGGUAACGGAGGUCUGGGUCGUCUCGCAGCCUGCUUUCUUGACUCCAUGGCCACUCUGGGCUUGGCUGCCUAUGGCUACGGGAUCCGCUACGAGUUUGGCAUCUUCAACCAGAAAAUCAGUAACGGCUGGCAGGUGGAGGAGGCUGAUGAUUGGCUGCGCUACGGUAACCCCUGGGAGAAGGCCCGCCCCGAGUACAUGCGUCCGGUCCAGUUCUACGGGAGAGUGGAGCACACUCCUGAUGGGGUGAAGUGGGUCGACACACAGGUUGUUCUAGCCCUUCCUUACGACACCCCAGUGCCUGGUUACAGGAACAACACCGUCAACACCAUGCGACUGUGGUCUGCAAAAGCACCCAAUGAUUUCAACCUCAAGGACUUUAACGUGGGCGGCUACAUCCAGGCAGUGCUGGACAGAAACCUGGCUGAGAACAUCUCCCGUGUGCUUUACCCCAACGAUAACUUCUUUGAGGGGAAAGAGCUGCGUCUGAAGCAGGAGUAUUUCGUGGUUGCCGCCACGCUGCAGGACAUCAUCCGCCGCUUUAAGUCCUCCAAGUUCGGCAGCCUGGAAGCCGUGCGCACCACCUUCGACGCCUUCCCAGACAAGGUGGCGAUCCAGCUUAAUGAUACCCAUCCUGCCAUGGCUAUCCCAGAGCUUAUGAGAAUCCUGGUGGAUGUGGAGAAACAGUCCUGGGAACAGGCCUGGGAUGUGACGGUUCGUACCUGUGCCUACACUAAUCACACGGUUCUGCCAGAGGCUCUGGAGCGCUGGCCGGUGCCCCUGUUUGAACAGCUGCUCCCCCGACACCUGGAGAUCAUCUACGAGAUCAACCGGCGCCACAUGGAGAGGAUCUCCUCCCUGUUUCCUGGGGAUUUUGAUCGGAUGCGCAGGAUGUCUCUGGUCGAGGAGGGGGACGUGAAGAGGAUCAACAUGGCUCACCUGUGCAUCGUGGGCUCUCACGCCGUCAACGGAGUGGCGCGCAUCCACUCGGACAUCCUGAAGGCUACUCUGUUUAAAGAUUUCUAUGAAGUUGACCCUGAGAAGUUCCAGAACAAGACUAACGGCAUCACUCCUCGACGCUGGCUGGUGCUGUGCAACCCCGGCCUGGCAGAGAUCAUCGCAGAGAAAAUUGGAGAAGAUUACAUCCGGGACCUGGACCAGCUGAAGAAGCUGCUGAAGUUUGUGAAUGAUGAGGGGUUGAUCCGGGACAUUGCCAAAGUCAAACAGGAGAACAAGCUCAAGUUCAGUGCCUAUCUGGAGAAGGAGUACAAGGUGAAGAUCAACCCCAACUCCAUGUUCGACCUGCAGGUCAAGAGAAUCCACGAGUACAAGAGACAGCUGCUCAACUGCCUGCACAUCAUCACCAUGUACAACUGUAUCAAGAAGGAGCCCAACAAACAGUUCACCCCCCGCACGGUCAUGAUCGGAGGCAAGGCUGCUCCCGGCUACCACACAGCUAAGAUGAUCAUCAAGCUCAUCACCGCUAUCGGCGACGUGGUGAACAAUGACCCUGUGGUAGGGGACCGGCUCAAGGUCAUCUUCCUGGAGAACUACAAGGUGUCUCUGGCUGAGAAAGUGAUCCCAGCGGCUGAUCUCUCGGAGCAGAUCUCCACAGCCGGCACCGAGGCCUCAGGCACGGGCAACAUGAAAUUCAUGCUGAACGGAGCGCUGACCAUCGGCACCAUGGACGGGGCCAACGUGGAGAUGGCAGAGGAGGCGGGAGAGGGGAACAUCUUCAUCUUCGGCAUGAGGGUGGAGGACGUCGACCGAAUGGACCGCGAGGGGUACAAUGCUAAGGAUUACUACGAUCGCAUCCCUGAGCUGAGGCAGGUCAUCGAUCAGAUCAGCGGGGGAUUCUUCAGCCCUAAGCAACCAGACCUGUUCAAGGACAUCGUGAACCUGCUGAUGUGCCAUGACAGGUUCAAAGUGUUUGCUGAUUACGAGUCGUACAUGAAGUGCCAGGAGUCUGUGAGCACCCUGUACAAGAACCCCAAGGAGUGGACGAAGAUGGUGAUCCGCAACAUCGCUGCCUCGGGCAAGUUCUCCAGCGACCGCACCAUCUCCGAGUACGCCCGGCAGAUCUGGGGGGUGGAGCCUAGCCGCGCCAAGAUCCCCGCCCCUGACGACCUCCGCUAAGCUAGCCCCACCCACUCCUAACCUGCCCCCACCCUGUUUCCGCACCCUAUAAUUGUGGUUAGAAAAAGAGAUAGAAUGAUAAGGGUGACACCUGGUGGCUGGAUGGCUGAAUUGCCGUGACAAAUCUAGAAACCACUCCUUUUGUAUUGCACAAUUAUAUAGUUCACCUUGGUCUUCCAGCCAUUAGGGGGCACUGUGAUGAAUUACUACCCCUUUUUGUUGUAGCGUGUACCCAUGCACUAUUACGUUUUAUUGUGUUUGUGUGCUGGUUAUUUCUGAGCGUAUUGAUAUUAUUUUUAGAGAAAGGCUGCGUUCCCCUUUUGUCCUGUGGUGUGGCAGCUAAUGCAAUAGCAUGGUUAUAUGUAUAUCUGUGUAAAGAAUAACAUAGCUUAUCAAUUUAUUUAUCCCAGCCUCCAAAGAAUGUAAAGGGGCAGGAUGAAAGCCUCAAAGUCUGGCAAGUCAGUCCUUUUUAAAGUGUUGGGUUUCCCUAUUCAAUUUGAGAAGUCCCCAUUGUUUUAAUCCUCAUGUACUGCCCCGAGGAAAGCAGAGCUAGCAGGACCAUCGCAGUGUUUCCAACGCCACCGACAGCAGCCUCUUCCCACUGUCGCUGUCCCUAGCUUAUCAUAGCCAUCUGAGUGCUGCCAUUUCAUACCAAGGCUGUCUUUUGACUUGGUCAACUCCCCCAGCCUCCCUAACCAUACAGCCUGGCUGCGUUUUGACCCAGGAAUCGGCAGCCAAUCGCAACGUGCCAAUAAAAAGCUCCAUCCAGCAAACGGCCAAUCAGAUGGACACUGCCGUGUUUCUUCUAGGAUUGACGCUGUUAUCCUCCUAUCACGGUGAUUCAGUGGCAGUUGCAGUCAGCCCAUUUGGAUUAUGUUGAUGUGGGGUGGAGCCUGGCUGUGGCGACUUCACGCUCCUGGUGCUAGAACUGACUUGACCAGACGCGAGGCUUCAACUUGGACUCUGGAUCGCACUGUGAUGCUCCAGUUAAACAAUUAAAAACAAAUAAAAUAAGGAGAUGGGGGGGAAAAAAA